AUCAGCGCGUCACCAACUGACCAAUGAGAAUUCAGCGCUUCCUUCAAUUUCUAUCCCAUCCAUAACCAGUUUGGGAGUGGGGUAGUCGCGCUCAUAUUUAGAGAUUUAUAUAUACCUGGUUACAAAAUUCGCCAUUUAAAAAGAUUUCGAAUUAAUUUGUAAAUCUGUGUAUACUCAAUUAUGGGGAAUACUCCGACUCACUAUAAAAGACGCUUUUCUGGAGACGUUUGUGGCAGACUCCCUAACUCAACACCACCUGGUGUCAGUGUUACUAUCCCUCCACCGAAAAACGAAAUACUCAUAGUUUGACAGAUUUAUCACGUUCUGCUCCAGCCGAUUAUCCUAAUAAUGAAAUGUCAGUAAACGACGACAAUGUUAGUCCUAAUGACAAAGAUACAAUCUCAAUUGAUGAAGCUACGUCAAUGAUGCGAGCUGCCAGUCUACGUGAACCUAUCAAUAUAAUCGAUGCUCAUGAUAAUCUUGAUAAUAAUCGGUUAUACAAUGUGCUACCAUCUGCCAAAACGGUAACGUCAACAAUUUCUAGUGGUGAUGAGAAAAUUUCCAAUUUUCUUCACGAAAGACCAUCUAGUGCAGGUCCAUUAUAUUCAACAGAUGAACAAAUAAUGUAUAAGCAUAGUCAACCACAAAUCAUUUUAAAUAAUGUUUCAAGAGAUCGUGCAAGAACUUUACCAUCCAGAAAGUUGGUUGGCUUAAAACUUCCUACUGUUUUUCGAUGGAAUGGUGGUGGUAAAGAUAUAUAUAUUAGUGGAACUUUUAAUAACUGGGAGAAAAGAAUCCCUAUGGUUAAAAGAAACUCAGGAGUUUACGUAAUUAUUGAUUGUAAACCUGGUAUUCAUCAAUAUAAGUAUUUCAUUGAUGGGGCAUGGUAUCAUGACCCAACUAAACCAACUGUAGACAAUGAAUAUGGUACGAAAAAUAAUGUUGUUCAAGUCAGAUCAUCAGAUUUUGAUGUUCUACACGCGUUAGAACAUGAUCAAGCCAGUAGUCGAAGACGUUCAAAUAGUUCAGAAUCUAGCGAACACAUUAAAUGUUGAAUAUGUGUUUAAGUGUAAAUGAAUCAUAUAUAUUUCACCUCUGUCACCAAGACAUUGUAUUCACGAGUGAAUUCGUUUUUGAACAAACUUGUACGCACAAUAGACAAAUCUAAUCCGCAAUGGUCUUGUGAAUAAAGCUCUCAGUUGAUUCAACUGGAAAGGAAAUUUUGAAUAUAAAGGUAGACAAUUUGGGUGGUUACUCACCCCCUGGAGAAUAUGGCCGUUUUAUACCCGCAGAUAUAAGUGAGCUACAUAACAUAUCAACAUCAGUAUAUAGUCGACACAUGUCAAUCGCACCAGGUAAGGGGUCGCCACCUCAACCUCCCCUACUACCACCACAUUUGUUACAGGGUAUUUUAAAUAUGGAUACAAACACCCAUUGUGAUCCUAAUCUACUGCCGCAACCAAAUCAUGUAAUUGUCAACCACCUAUAUGCCCUCUCGAUAAAGGACGGCGUAAUUGUGCUGAGUGUAAUCACACGCUUCAGGCAAAAGUUCGUGUCAACUCUUUUCUACAAACCGAUUGAAGGAUGACCAUUAUAUACAUAUCCUAAACUUGACUUCUUUUUGGUUACAAACAGUUCAUGAAUCCACAGUUGCAAUUCAUCUCUGAGUUACGAAUAUACGCUCAAAAUUUGUUUUUAGCCCUUAAUAGAUUUUUAAAAAAACUA